AUGGAAUGUGAGUGUAGAGUGCUGGAGGAGAUAAUGACGAGAACGACCAACACCAACGCACAGCAGAUUUAUACCUUUUAUGAUGGCCCGCCAUUUGCAACCGGUCUUCCACAUUAUGGACAUUUGUUGGCUGGCACCAUAAAAGAUAUCGUCACUCGCUUCGCCUACAGUCAGGGCUACCACGUCGAGCGUCACUUUGGCUGGGAUUGUCACGGUCUCCCAGUUGAGUAUGAAGUCGACAAAAUCCACAACAUUACAGGCCCGCAUGACGUUGAAAAAAUGGGAGUUGCUGCCUACAAUGACAAGUGUCGUGAGAUUGUAAUGCGGUAUUCGAGUCAGUGGAAAACUGUUGUUCAACGCAUUGGUCGAUGGAUUGACUUCGAGAAUGACUAUCGCACCAUGUACCCAUCAUUCAUGGAGUCCGUGUGGUGGGCUUUUAAGCAGCUCUUCGAAAAGGGCCUUGUCUAUCGUGGAAUCAAAGUUAUGCCCUAUUCAACUGCCUGUGCAACUCCGCUGUCCAAUUUUGAGGCUGGCCAGAAUUACAAGGAUGUGCAAGAUCCCGCGGUGAUUGUCAGUUUCCCACUCGAUAAUGAGUCUGGAGUGGAAUUACUGGCGUGGAGCACCACUCCUUGGACGUUGCCUAGCAACCUUGCUCUCUGUGUCAAUCCUGACAAGGAUUAUGUCAAACUGCAGGACAAAUCCCGUGACAGAGUAUUCAUUAUGAUGGAAUGCCGUGUCAGUUCGUUAUACAAGAGCCCAGAUGAUUACACGGUCCUUAAAGAAUUGAAGGGCAAAGAUCUCUCAGGGUUGUCGUACAAACCCCUCUUCGACUACUUUAUUGCGCUCAAAACAAGCCGUGGUGCCUUCCGCGUCGUCUGUGAUAACUACGUUACCGAGGAAACGGGCACUGGGAUUGUGCAUCAGGCGCCGUACUUUGGCGAGAUCAAUUUCACAAGGCGAAAUAAUCACAAAUAA